UUUCUGGGAGCUGUGGGUACUCAUUACCCAGCCACAGGAUCAGGAGCCGAGCUGUACUGGAGAUCCUGGAUCCUAAUUCCAACGGCCAGAAGAGUACUCUGGGGAAAAAGCCACACCUCUGACAACUGGAGACACCACACCUCAGACUGCUGAGUAAGGGGAAGAAGCAACACCAUGAAUCCAGAAGUCUACCCAGGUACAAACUGCAGCUUCGUUGAGUACUCCAUCAAUUACAUCCAGAACACAAUGAAUAAAGAAGAUCUCUAUUCCCUGCUGACAAAUAAUGACAUCUGGGAGUAUUUUGUGACUGAAGCACAUUUCUCAAGCAUUUGGUCUGAGACUGGACCCAGUGGCCACAUAGAAAGGGAGGAGGCAGACGAAGUACGUGUAAGUUUGAUGGCACAGGAAAUGCUUGGAGACAUGAAGCACAUAGAGCCACAGGAGCAGGAGUUCAGGGAGAGAUUCUUGAAAGAGUUUCCUCAAAUGAAAAGGAAACUUGAGGAGCAAAUAACACAGCUCCGAGAACUGGCAGACAAGGCCGACCAGAUACACAAGGACUGCACCAUCUCAAACAUGGUGGCCUCCUCCAGCAGCAUUUUGUCUGGCAUCCUGACCAUUGCUGGCAUGGGUCUGGCACCGGUGACAGCUGGGAUCAGUCUGGGUCUGACAACAGCUGGGGUGGGUCUGGGGGCCGCAUCUGCUGUGACUGGUGUAGCCACCGGCAUUGUGGAACACGUAAGAUUGGCAGCCGUUGAAGGUGAUGCCAAGAAGUUGACAUCAAUUGAGGUCAAUCCAGAGGAAAUAUUAAAGGGAAUUAUAUCUAACUGUGCCCCGAAAGUUGUUCCCAUGGGAACAAAUAUUUACAAAGGUAUGAUGAACAUUGAGAAGAACAUUCGUGCCAUCAAGUUGGUCAGUGCUAACCCUCGCCUAGCGGCCCGAGCAACACGCUUCAUGAACAGUGGAAGAAUCUCAGCCCGAGGUGCCAGGCAGGUGAAGAAAGCUUUUGGAGGCACUGCACUGGCAAUGAGCAAAGGGGCCCGGUUGGCAGGGAUGGCCACUUCAGGUAUUUUCCUCCUGGCAGAUGUAUACAGCCUCGUGCAGCAAUCGGCUGACUUGCAGAAGGGGGCUCAGACAGCGUCAGCCAGCAGGCUGAGGGAGCAUGCUUCGGAACUGGAGAUGAAACUGGAAAAUCUCAAAGAGAUCCAUGCAAUUAUCCUGGAGGACCAGGGAAUAGCUUAGGGAGCAGAGGCCUGAACUGACUGACGGGUGGAAAGACCCUCCUUGGGGGAGGUUUUUGUGAGAUAAGUUUAAUUGAUCUGGAUGUUAAAUAAUUUAGCUUUCCUGUUAGUGAAGCAUAGCUAGGGAGGGUUCAUGGAGGAGGCUGUUGGGUGAAAGACAGGCAGGACUAUGGAGCCUCGAAUCAGGAGGUGAGAGGAUCUGAGAGCCAAGAGAGUGGGCAUGAAAUUGUUUAUUUUGGAACAAAGAUAUUGGGGCACGAAGGAAAAAGAUGAUGUGACAAACAGUGAGAAGUUCAGCAAUCUGAGUUGAAUUCUGAGAGAACUGAAGAGUGAGAAGGAUUUGCUCAUGAAGGAGCUUUCAUGAUUUCAUUGUUAACAUUCCCCAUGGAUUCCCCCUCCCAGCAAUAAAGAAUUUAUUCCCUA